AUCGUCCAGGCGGCCUUGCUUCGUCUUGCGGCUUCACCCGGAGGGAUACUCAAAGCCAGUUGUCUGCGAGUGUGAGAGACUGAGAGUGAAGCAGAUUCACGCGUGAUUUUUUCUUGUACUUCUUCAUCCUCCGUCAGCCAAAGCAGGUUCUAAAUCAACUUUUAUUGUGGGUAGCACUUGAAAAGGUUGCAAUAUGCAGUCCAACGAGGCAUCUUCUUCCAUGGAAGUUGAGGCUAUCCCAUCUGAAUCCAAAGCCUUGCCACCAAAGCCAAAGUUUGAGCCUUUGAAACCUCAUGAGAUGUCUGAUGGCCGUGUUCAGUUCCGCAAGGUUUCUGUUCCACAACAUCGUUAUACUCCUCUCAAGAAAGCUUGGAUGGAUAUUUAUACCCCAGUGUAUGAGCAGAUGAAAAUUGACAUCCGUAUGAAUUUAAAGGCUCGAAAGGUAGAGCUGAAGACCAGACAAGAUACACCCGACAUUAGUAACCUGCAAAAAUGCGCUGAUUUUGUUCAUGCUUUCAUGCUGGGAUUUGAUGUCAUAGAUGCUGUUGCCCUGUUGCGGUUAGAUGAGCUCUAUGUUGAAUCUUUCGAGAUAAAGGAUGUUAAAACACUUAGAGGGGACCACCUGUCUCGUGCUAUAGGGAGAUUAUCUGGUAAAGGUGGCAAAACAAAGUUCGCAAUUGAGAACGCAACAAAGACGAGGAUUGUGAUUGCUGAUACCAAAAUUCACAUAUUGGGAUCUUUUGCUAACAUUAAGAUAGCUAGGGACUCUCUUUGUAGCCUAAUCUUGGGGUCACCGGCGGGUAAGGUGUAUUCAAAACUUAGAGCAGUUACUGCUAGACUGGCUGAAAGGUUUUGAUCUUCUUUUAGUCAAGACAUUAUUGGAGCUUUUUUCUGUUCUUUUGUUAUUUUAUCAUUGAUAUCAACCGUGGUGAGGCAGUGUUACUGGAAGGAAGCUGCUCAUCAAUAUUUACCUCAUUCAGUUUUGGAUGUCUCGGUUUUAGCUAUAUGCCAAAGUAUGAAUUAAAGAUAUAGAUUCGACGCCAUUGCCGUUCGUUGUAAUUGUAAGCCUUAUGUCUCUUUAUCCAUUGGACUAUAAGUAUGUCAGUUGAUGAUAAUAGUUGCUUUCGUGGAAGUGUUGUAAUUGAACAUUAUAUUAAGUCCUUUGGUGUGGGGGUUUCUUUUUUUGUUUUGUUUUUUUCUUAGCUGACCGAUCUGAUGAAAACAUGGAUUCAUCAUGGAUGUCAUAUAUUGAGAUUUAGAUUUGUUCUUUUUUAUUUCUGUUGGAAAACAAUAAUUAUGUUGAUAGAGAAGUGCAAAAAGUUGUACUGACAUGUUGAAGUUGUGAUA